AUGGCGGUCCACUCGGACGAAUUGCAGUGGAUGAGAGGCAUUACUUAUAUCGCUUCGGCGAAUAUCCUUAUCCUUACUUGCAUGCGGUGGAAACCAGUGGUACAACCCAAAACUUUGAGUGCGAUCGAAGACACCACCCUACCCAAAGUGACUCCAGACUUCUUUGCCGCUUUGGCGGUGGUCCAAGCGGCCGAGACGAAAAUGAAAAGUCACUACAAGUACGAGCUCUACAGGCGCAAUCCCGGCAUCAUCAAAGUUCGAAAUGACAUAGUGCUCCUAGGUGGAGUCAAGUUUACCUUUGCAGAGUGCAAACAGCCUGCCCAUCGAAUCCUACAAGAAUGGCGCUUGUCAUUAUGCGCUCAAUACAUCGUGUAUCUUGCCAUGAAGGACAAGAUGAUACUUGACGACCCGAAGCGGCCUAAGCUCAUUAUCGUCAAGGCUGAUGGAACAAAGGCUAUGACAUCGUCAUCGUGGACUCGAGCCAAAUCCAUCAGCAUUUGGAUGGUUGAUCGCCUCCAGUUGUUCCACGCAAAAUCCGUCGACGUCCCCCGUUCUUUCGCCCGUGCCCUCGGCGAGAAAAAGUAUGGCGUACAGGUGGUGGAUCCUUCGAUUGAGGGUCGGUUUGGUCUCGUUCGGAUGAGACAGUCUAAAUACUACGAGCCUGCCGUUAUUGAUUUCGAGGGCGUUAUCGCCAAAGCAGACGGAGACAAGGAGGAGAAGUGGGAAGAAUAUGGUGGUGGUACCACGUGGGACCAGGCUGGAAAGGACGAGACUCAACCUACUGUCAGUUCGGAUACGGCAUGGUGA